AUGGAUGCGGCGGGGCGAUGGACGGGAAGCAGUGUUGACACCGCAAGCCGGACGUGUUCGUUGGCCGUCUUGGGCACAGAUGCGGAUGCCACUCCUACUAGGAGGCUGUUUGGUUGCUACCUGACCGACGCGCGUUCGUCUUCGAGCCACCGUUAUAAGGUUCCACCCCCACGCACAACCAAACGCAACCAAACAGCCUCGCCCCCUCCCACCAAGAUCACGCAGGUCCCGGCGCCCCAAUACAGACCGGCGGGAGUCUUCGAGGACUACGUACGUAGCGGCGAUGGACCAUCGGCGACGACGCAGAAGCGCAAGUGCCCCGACAAGGAGGAGACGGCCGGCAUGUGCGCCAACGGCUGCGGCUUCUUCGGCGCCGCCGCCACGGGCAACAUGUGCUCCAAGUGCUACCUGGACCACGUCGUCAUCGGCACCGCUAACACCGUGGCCGCCUCGACGGGGCCUCCGGCGAAGAAGGCCAAGAUGAUCGUCGCCGUCCCGUCCUCUGAUGGUGCGGCCGCCUCCUCCACCGCCGCCGCGGCUGACUCCUCCGCGAGCUCCGUGAAGCAGCCGCCGGUGGCGGCGAACCAGUGCGCGACGUGCCGCAAGAAGGUGGGGCUGCUGGGGUUCCGAUGCCGUUGCGAGGGCACCUUCUGCAGCGUGCACCGCUACUCGGAGAAGCACGACUGUGGAUUCGACUACAAGACCGCCGGCCAGGAGCAGAUCGCCAAGCACAAUCCGGUCGUGGUUGCGGACAAGAUCACCCGAAGGAUCUGA